AUGUCUGAAGCCGACGAUGCGCCUGAGAUGGCCCAACCCGCCCCCAAUCCAGACGCCCAGACGACGGUCAAUGACUUUCUCGACUAUACUGAAUUCUUCCCCUCGGACCUGUCGCGCUCGCUGACGCUGAUUCGCGACCUCGACUUCAGCUACAAAGAACAUGUGCAAAAGGUGCACGAGCUGACGGCCCUGUACGGCAAGCUGCCCACGCUGCCAGAGCAUGAGCGCCCCGAUCCGGUGGCACUGCGCAAGCAAAUCGCCCAGCACCUGCGGAAUGCCGGAAACAAGAGAGAAUUUUCCUACACUGAAGCCUCGCGACUCUACGAGGUCGCGUGGCGCCAUAGCCAGCGCUCGACCGUCAUCAAGAGGAAGCUGCAAGCCCAGCCCCAGCCGCCAUCGCGAGAUCCCACGCCCCCGCCCGUCUCCCCCAACGCACAUCGAGCCUUGAACCGCAAUUACGAACGCCCGCCACACCUCCGACUCAACUUUGGCACCAGUGCCUCGCGCCCGCGAGAUCGACACCGGAAGACGAAUGCCUCUCACUCACGGGCGCGUGGACGGGUCUAUGAGUCGGAUUCCUCUGGUGACUCAGACGCUGCCUCGGCCAUCCACGUUGCUUCGCCUAGAAAGCGCAAGGACAGAGACAGACAUUCACGACCAGCCGGCGGCCGAUCACGCGCUGCUGGCGUGCUGGGUACAAACGUCCACAGUUCCAUAGCAGGAAUAUCCACGAGCAAUGCCCUCGCCCAACUGGCCCCGCCACCAGCCGAUGCCAGACCGGGCAGCAAGUGGGCACCAUGGAAGAAGUUGACCGAGUACGAAAUGGCCGUGCUGCGGAAGCAGAUGAAGAAGAACGCCGUGUGGACUCCCAGCCAGACCAUGAUGAUCCGCGAGCUUGAGAAGAAGCAUCGUACAGAGGCUGACUAUGAGAGGGAAAAGGCCCGAUGCGAGGCCACGGGCGAACCCUUCCUCGACGAGGAGCCAGAGACGCUACAGCAAAUCAUGACAGCCUCUGGCUUGGGACAGUUGGCGCCACAUGGCCCACAGGCAGCCAACCCACCGCCGCCACCGCCGCCUCCCCCUCCUGCACCUAGCGAGUCGAUUGAGGAAGACACAAAGGAGGAGUCUGGCACCUUCAGCAUUCGCGUCAAGCCCAUCGCAGCCAAGGAGGGACGGAAGCUCGAUCGCACGUCGCAACGCCAGAAGGCUAUGCAGGAUGCCCAGGAACUCAUAGGUGCUUCUGAAAAGAUCAAGGAGGCUGCCAAAGGUCUCCAGGGACUAAGCUUCAACUCUACUGUCGCUUCUCCUCCCAGCCAAAAGAAGAGACCGACUGCUAGACCUUCUCAGAAACGGAAACGCGACACUUCUCCGCCGCCCAACCUGGACGGUGCCGCCGACGGUAUGAGAGAGGCAUCGGUUGCGACACAGGACAGUGCAACAAGGCCACCAGAACCCAAGCGAGCACGGCCGAACCCUAUUGCUCUAGCAUUGAACGCAGUCUCCUCUCCCAUACCGACUCCCACCUCUGCUGUCUCAACCCCACGAGAUCCCCCAGCGUCUGCUGCAUUAUCUCCCGUGGUAAACACGCCCGUCCCGCUUCCCGAGACUGCAAAGCCAGCCACAAACGAAACUACUGUGCAAGUGCCGCUUGCACCAGCUGGUCCGAGUACUCCAAAAGCCAGCAAGGCCACACCCAAGGAGCCAAGUCCUGAGCGCAGUCCUGAAUUGAGCCCCGAGCUUACGCCAAUUACGACGUCACCAGAGUUGCCCGAGAACUCGCCUGUUGUGCCAGAAGCGCCGCCGUCUCCGGUAUCCGCACCAGUAUCAGCUCCAGUUGUCACGACAGCAGCUGCGACUAGGCCGCGCCGUGAGUCCAUCGUGCCUAAGGCCCCUAGUCCACCUGUGGCUCCCAUGCAGCCUGCCAAGUCCUCAAAGACACCUACACCUAUUCCUGAACCUGCUCCCGAGACACCUGCGCAACCUCAACCACAUCUUCACGCCACACGCAGCCAUUUGCCACGCAGCCAUUUGCCAACACCCAAAGCGCAAAGCGAGGAGCCCAAGCCAAACGAACAAGGUAGGAGUAUCCGCGAAACUCGUCGUCAUAGUGUCUUUAGCCAACCUAUAUCUGCGCUCACAGUACCCCCGCAACCAGCGCCCACUCGGUCAAGCUCACGUAGAAAGCCGCCGCCGAAGGGCGAGGUGACUGCAGCCGAGGAUGGCCAGAAAACUGUCACCAACGUCAAGCGCGCCCAAGGCAGCAAAAACAAGAAGAAAAAGAGGGCAGAGGAGGUGGAAGAAGUGGCAGACGAUAUUGACCCCAACGAGCCCAAAUACUGCAUCUGCGAUGAUGUCAGUUAUGGGCCGAUGAUAUCGUGCGACAAUCACUGCGACAAGGAAUGGUUUCAUCUUCCUUGCAUGAAUAUGACCGAGGAAGAUAUCCCGUCCCGCCGAGCCAAAUGGUACUGCCCCGACUGUCGGGCAGCGCUCGGCACAGAUGCCUAUGGCAACCCGUUGGUACCGCCCCCGCUGCCAGGGCGCCGGGGUAACAGGUAG